UAAAUAAAAGUUGAAGAAAUAUAGGCGUGAAUUCUAAAAAAAUUAAAAAGCUAUUGAACUCAAAUACAUUUUUCGAAUAUUUAUACAUUUUAUGUAGAACCCAACGAGUCUAAAUAAAUACGAAGUAUUCGCAUAUUUCAGCCGUGAAGAAAAAAGACAAUAAAAAAAAAAAAACAGGUCUGCCUUUUGUGCGCGCAGCUACUCGUACAUAAAAAAUACCUACGUAUAAACAUACGUAUGUACAUGCACAAAACGCUACUUAAAAUCCAGUUUUUCAUAUCCGUAUAAGUGUUUGCAAGACGCGUAGAAUUCACGUAAAUUGCACGUGAACAGCGCGAGCAAGCAAAAAAAAAAACACCAAAAGGAUACGCCAAAAAGUGUCACAAUUCGUGAAAACGAAACAAGAAACUAUAAAAUAAUUAAAAAUAAAAGCAAAAAAGUUAGCCAUAACAAAGUGAAAGGCUGGCGUCGGCUGCUGCAACUCCAUCUACCACAGCUAUUGCAACGCAAAGGCGGCGAAUUUAGUCAAAAUGUGGUGCAUUGUCAAUCUACCGAACGGCACACAAUUAGCGGUCAAAUGGGAUACGAAGGCAAUCGGACAGGAGUGCCUCGAAAAGGUUUGCAAAGCACUCGACAUCGUCUGCGAAAUGGAAUAUUUUGGCCUCGAGUACUGGACACCCAACCAGGAGGAAUCGCGCACACGCCAAUGGAUCAAUCUACGUAAUCGGCUUUCGUGUGACAACAGCAGCAGCAGCAUACAUUUAAUGCUCGCAUUACGCGUCAAAUUCUGGGUGCCCGUUCACUGUUUACUCCAGGAGAGUGUGCGUAACAUUUUCUACAUGCAAGCGCGUUCCGAUCUGCUGGAAAAGCGCCUGCGCGCACAUGACUGGAACAAUGCGGCCAAAUUGGCAGCGUUGUUGUGCCAAGCUGAUGGUAUACGCUUCAAUCCAUUAUCGCUGAAGGCGAAAUGUCCCACACAAGCGCGCAGAGGCAGCGGAGGUGAUGUAACCGCACAGCAACAACACUCACACAAGGAGCGCAAGGACAAAGAACAUGUGUUGUCGUUCAAGAAGCGACGCCUUUCAAAGCAAAAGUCCACAGAACAUAUUGAAAAUUUACAUUUGCCUGCCGUUGUUGCCGAUGAAGGUUCGACUGCUUUGUCUGUGACAAUGAAAUGUAGCGGUAAUGCCCACGCAACGUCACAAUUAGCAACAACAACGACGACAUCAGCGUCGGGAAGUGAUGUGACAGAAGAUGAUACAGUGUCGACAUCGCCGUUGUGUAUAUAUCAAAGCUAUAUUGUCCAACCGGUGUGUGCCGAUGACGGUGUUGACGCUGAUAUGCCGGAAGAUUUCUAUCAUCGCAUUGCAGUGGAACAUGGCAAGCUGGCGACACUGAAAAUGACAUCCAAAUCGGCAAAAUAUUGGCUAUUGAAGCAAAUUCAGGAUCUCGAAGGCUACGGCGAGGAGGUGUUCAGCGGCGUGACGACGCAUGAGAGUUCGGUGCGUUGCGAUGUAGCCGUGGGCGCUAAUGCGAUCACGACCUGCGUGGGAGACGAAAAGAAUGUCAUCCCGUUCAGCGCAAUCGCCUCUGCUAAAUCAUUUCGUCGCACAUUUAAGCUGGAAUAUGUUGGCGAUUGCAAUGAUCGCCGAGAACUCGAAAUCAAGUUGCCCAAACAUGCUAUUGCCGCUGGUCUUUACCGCUCCAUAACGGAGCGUCAUGCCUUCUAUGUCUGUGAUAAGGUACGUGGCGUGGUCACCAAUCAAUUCACACGCGAUCUCAAGGGCACCAUCGCCUCCAUGUUCAAAGAGGAUACCGAAUUGGGAAAGCGAUACGUGUUCGACAUUCAGCGCACCUGCCGCGAAGUGCAUGAUCAGGCGCGUCGCAUAUUACACGAAAAGGGUAUCGAAGCAUUAAAUAACAGUGCUGUCGGCGGCAAUGGAGAUCUCUACGAUAGUCUACUCGGCGGUGUUGCUCAAACGCACAGUACGAGUUCGCCUUCGCCGCAACAAUUGGCAGGAGAAGCACCGCAUUUCGAUGAUAUCUGUGUGGUUAGCGAUAAAUUAGACUUGGCGCUGCGUGAAAAGGAGAAACGUGAUGCGGCCAUUGCACGUUGUGUGGAAGCGCGCGUUUCCGAAGCGAUGACCUGUAAAAUUUGUAUGGAUCGUGAAAUCAAUACUAUGUUCAAUCCCUGCUCGCAUAUAACCACCUGUGCAGAAUGUGCGGCGAGAUGCAUCCACUGUCCCAAUUGCCGUGUAAAAGUGACGAGUACGACGCGAGUUUUUCUUCCACCUGAAUUACGAAUAAGCGCCACUACUGCACCUGCAUCCGUCACGAUAAGCUGUGUCGCUGCGCAUUAGUAAAUGAAAAGAAGAAAAUGCAUUUAUAAUGAAAUUAUUGGCAUUAAAUGCGGUCUGCACUGAAAAAACAAGCAUCGACUGUGCCGAACAAAACAAAAAAUCUCGAAAUCGUUCUAAGCGCUAAGGCCAGUUUUUUAUGCUUUCAAUUAUGUACGUAGACGCAAUGAAGGCAUAGAUUUAUAGAAUAUAACUUUUACUUUUAAAUUAAAAAUAGAGUUAUGCAAAUAACUGUACUGUAGGUAAUUAAGACUUUGAAUUAAUUUAAGUUAGUUGACAAGUAUUUAAAAACACAUUUUACCUUAUUAAAAAAAAAAAAUAGUAUUUCAACAAGAACACAAUUUUUGCACAUUUUUCCUUAUAACUUAAACAACUUACGGAAGCCAUGUUG